AUGCCUGAGGAUGCUCUUUGGUACCUGGGUGCUGCUCAUCCUUCCCCUCCCCAGCUCCAGCCAGAGACUCUUAAAUUCAUAUCGGGCAUUGAAAAACACAUCCGCGGCGCCCCGCACGUGAAAGCCGGCCUCUACAGGAAUGACGGCAGCGAGCAGGUCUUCAGUGUGAGCAAGAUCAUCAUCCAUCCCUACUGGAACAGGAACAACGUCGCCGGGGGCUACGACAUCGCCCUGAUCCGCCUGUCCAGCUACGCCACCCUGAACAGCUAUGUGCAGCUGGCGGUCCUGCCCCGGGAGGGGUCCAUCCUGUCCAACAACUACCCCUGCUACAUCACGGGCUGGGGUCUCACCCGCACCAACGGGCAGCUCUCCAGCGUCCUGCUGCAGGCGUACCUGCCCGUGGUGGACUACCAGAUCUGCUCCAGCCCCUCCUACUGGGGCUCCACUGUCAAGACCACCAUGGUCUGCGCCGGCGGUGAUGGCGUACGCUCCGGCUGCCAGGGCGAUUCGGGCGGUCCCCUGCACUGCGCGGUGAACAGGCAGUACCAGGUUCACGGCGUCACCAGCUUCGUCUCCGGUCUGGGCUGCAACGUCGAGCGCAAACCCACCGUCUUCACCCGCGUCUCUGCCUACAUCUCCUGGAUGACGAGCGUGAUGGCCCAGAACUGA